AUGGCUCAUAUAAAACACAAUUCUGAUCAAGAAAGAGGACUUUCUCAGAGGGGUUCCUGUUCUUCACAUCUAUUUUCUGGAAAAGAACCAUCUUCCCCAGACAGAGAUUACAGAGAAGAACCCCAGUCGAGACGGAGAGAUUCUGAUCAAAGGUGCAGAAAGUCUCUUUUAUCAAGCAGACUGUAUACAGAAACAGCAGCAACUCAGAGAGCAUAUGCUCAUGAUGAGCCCCCAACAAAGAAGAAGAAAGAAGAGGUGGACCCACUUCUCGUUCGCACAGGUGGUGCUUAUAUUCCUCCAGCAAAACUCAGGAGGAUGCAAGAACAGAUUGCAGAUAAAAACAGUUUAGCUUACCAAAGGGUGAGCUGGGAGGCCUUAAAGAAGUCCAUCAAUGGUCUUAUCAAUAAGGUGAACAUUUCUAACAUAGGAAUUAUCAUUCAAGAGCUCCUUCAAGAAAAUAUAGUUAGAGGAAGGGGAUUGCUAUCUCGAUCCAUUUUGCAAGCACAGAGUGUAUCUCCAGGCUUUACCCAUGUUUAUGCAGCUCUUGUGGCAAUCAUCAACUCCAAGUUUCCAAAUGUUGGAGAACUUAUCCUCAAGAGGCUAAUCCUCAGUUUUAGAAAAGGCUACAGAAGGAAUGAUAAGCAACUUUGCCUAACUGCUACCAAAUUUAUUGCACAUCUCAUUAACCAGAACGUGGCCCAUGAAGUUCUAUGUUUAGAGAUGCUGACCUUACUCCUUGAAAGGCCAACGAAUGACAGUGUUGAAGUAGCCAUUGGAUUUCUCAAAGAAUGUGGCCUCAAGUUAACGGAAGUAUCACCUAGAGGAAUUCAUGCUGUAUUUGAACGCCUUCGCGAUAUUCUUCAUGAAUCUGAAGUUGAGAAACGAGUUCAGUAUAUGAUUGAAGUGAUGUUUGCAGUACGUAAGGAUGGAUUCAAGAAUCACCCCGUUAUUCUGGAAGGACUUGAUCUGGUAGAAGAAGAAGACCAGUUCACUCAUAUGCUUCCACUGGAAGAUGACUAUCACACAGAGGAUGUACUUAAUGUUUUCAAGCUAGAUCCUAAUUUUAUGGAAAAUGAAGAGAAAUACAAAACCAUUAAGAAAGAAAUUCUCGCUGAAGGUGACAGUGAUUCCAGCACAGACCAAGAUGCUUCAAGUAGUGAAGAAGAUGAGGAGGAGGAAGUAGGGGAUGAUGAUGAUGAUGAUGAUGGACAAAAAGUGACCCUCCUUGACAAAACAGAAACCAAUCUGGUAUCAUUCCGGCGUACAAUCUAUCUCGCUAUUCAGUCAAGUUUAGAUUUUGAAGAAUGUGCUCACAAAUUGCUGAAAAUGGAGUUCCCUGACAGCCAGAUGAAAGAACUUUGCAACAUGAUACUCGAUUGCUGUGCCCAAGAGAGGACAUAUGGGAAGUUUUUUGGCUUAUUGGCGGGGCGUUUCUGCAUGCUAAAAAAGGAAUACAUGGAAUCCUUUGAGGGCAUUUUCAAGGAACAGUAUGAUACCAUACAUCGCCUAGAAACAAACAAAUUACGAAAUGUUGCCAAGAUGUUUGCUCAUCUUUUAUAUACAGAUUCACUUCCAUGGAGUGUUCUGGAAUGUAUAACACUGAGUGAAGAAUCUACUACAUCUUCCAGUAGAAUUUUCAUCAAGAUACUUUUUCAGGAACUUUGUGAAUACAUGGGACUUCCUAAGCUUAAUGUGAGACUGAAGGAUCAAACAUUGCAGCCAUUCUUUGAAGGAUUACUACCCCGGGAUAACCCAAGAAAUACUAGGUUUGCCAUCAACUUCUUUACUUCCAUAGGUCUUGGGGGCUUAACGGAUGAAUUACGAGAACAUCUGAAAAAUGCACCAAAGGUUGUCAUGGCAAAGAAACAUGAGGUUGACUCAUCAGAUUCCUCCUUUUCCUCUUCUGAAGCUGACUCCUCAGACUCUCAUUCUGACAGCAGCAAUAGCAGCUCGAACUUGUCCAGUGACAACUUCAGUGACAGAUCAUCUACUAGCUCUAGUCAUAGUUCUGAUUCAGGAAUUAAAAUUAGUCUUGGAACCACAUAUGUACUGGUAUUCUCAAAUGUGAUUUAA